GUGUGGCUUUGCCUUCGUGACUUGAGCCCGCGUCCCUGUCCCGUUGUCCCCCGCAGCUGCGGCCUCUCAGCCAUGGGCGCCGUUUGGUCUGCCCUGCUGGUCGGAGGGGGUCUGGCCGGCGCGCUUGUCAUCUGGCUGCUCCGGGACAAGGGGAAGAAGGGCGACGCGGAGCAGGAGCAGGACGCCACUCCAGGGAAGGCUGUGGCUGCGGGAGGCGAUCCUAGUGGCGGCAGCGGACUGAGUCCCGCAGCUUCCAGGCCCGAGCUGGUCACCAAACCAGAGCAUCUUCAAGAAAGCAAUGGACGUUUGGUUUCCGAGACCAAAGGCCCUGGUAGCAUGCAGGAUGUGGCAUGGAGACUGCAGAGUCCUUCUGGAGAACAUGGGGACUGUGGCAAUUCAAGACAGCAUGUUCCUUUUGGAAGGUUUCCGGACACACAAUCUAUAGCUGCAUCUGCGACUGGUCACUCUAAGGGUUGCUGUGAAACCUCAAGAAAUGAAAGUGGUGAGUCUUGUGUAGGAGAACGGGGAGUUCAAAAAGGACAAGAUACACCUGCUAACGCAGCUCCGUGUUUUGCAGAGAAGUUGUCUUCUAGCCACCUGCUCAUGGACAGAGGUAAAGAGGAAGUGAGCUUUGCACGAGUGGACAGUCAGGACUCGGCUGACCAGGAGGACUGGGAGAUGGUAUCCAGGCACUCAUCUUGGGGAGACAUUGGUUUGGGUGGCAGUCUUGAUCCAAUGUUAAACCCAAAUCAAGGACUGGAGUAUGGCAAACGCACUCUUGUGGAAACAAGAGGUCAGAAAGUGGAUGUUAAAACAAAAAGGAAAAUAGCUAAGACUUCAGAGUCUCAGCAAGUUAGUGUCAGGUUCCAGGUCCAUUAUAUCACAAGUGCUAGUGUGCAAUUCAUUGCAGUGACUGGAGACCACGAGAAGCUUGGGAGAUGGAACACUUACAUCCCCCUCCAGUACAGCCAGGGUGGGUUCUGGUCUCGUUCUGUCUCCCUGCCAGCAGAUACAGUGGUGGAAUGGAAGUUUGUGGUGGUGGAGAAUGGGGAAGUUACACGCUGGGAAGAAUGCAGCAAUAGGUUUCUAGAGACUGGCCAUGAGGAUAAGUUGGUUCACAAGUGUUGGGGGAUUCACUGAUUCAGUUUGCAAAGUACUGAAGAAGCUGUUGCAGAAUGUGGAAAAGGCUAAGGUUGUGGAGCACAUUCAAUAAUUUAAAAUGAAGUAUAACUCCAAGUUUAACUGAGUUGUUUGAUUUACUAAUGGCUUGCAUCUAAUGCACAGAACUCUAUCUAUAUAUCUAUGCACCUGUAGAUAUAUAGACAGAUAAUGCUUCUAGUGAGUAGGACUUUUUUCUGUAGCAUUGAUGAAUAGAUUUAUGCUGAUUCAUCCGCACUGUGGGCUUUGUCCUCUUGGGCAGUGACUUGGCUAAUCUUCAGCUGUGCCCUGGUCAGGGAGCACAAAAGCAAACCAGCUGCACAGGGUUCAAGGUCGAGCCUUCGGGUGAUCCUUAGACCAAGGGAGUGAAACAAGCUGCAUUCAAAGAGCUGAUUUCCUCAUGGUGCAGCUGAAGAAAUGUUCUCUUUACUACACUGUGUUAAAAGAUAGGUAACAGUGAUUAGAAAAUUAUUAGAAGAUGUGAUUAGGGAGGCUUGAUUUUACCUGCCUGGUCUGGUUUGAAGGUGGCAAGUGUGUCUUUGUGUUGUAAUCUAAAGCUACUGUAGGAACAUCAGGAACAGCCCAUGAGGAAAGGGAACAGGAAUAGGGCUGAAGCAGGCGCAGAGCCAGGUGGAAUGAAUGAGAGCUCUUAGAGGGCUGGGAGGUGCAGAUGCGGACAGCUGACUGCACAGAGGGACACACCCCUCCUUUACUCCUGGGCCUCUGCAGAGCCAUCUCUGCCCACCACAGGGACCGACAGAUGGGCCAGCCCUUAGCAGUCAUUCCACCCGCUCCCCUCCCCUUCUGUGGCUAUCUUGGGUAACCAAAUUGCAACAGGACAGUGACAGGGAAGGACAGCAUCUCUGCUCUGAGAAGAAAUAAACAUUUGAAUUUUGCUACUACAACUGAAAAAAAUAAAACCUGAGUUUUAAUA